AGUAAUACGGUAAAUUUAGACAUUUUAAAAUUUUUGGGGUUUGAGUUUGUCCGCCAUUAAGGUAUUUCCCGGGAAUUCCGUCACGUGACGUUUGGGCGAUAAUGAAACAUUAUUUUUGACAUUUUUCUCUUCCAAGUAUAAUCGAUAAAACAAUAGACAUCAGAUCAUUUUUGCUGUUUUGGUCGUAAUUAUCUGAAAAGGCUCUCGAUUGAUCCUUUGAUACUAGGCAUACAAUAUACUGAAUAUAUAGGGAAGAUGGCUGAGAAAGGGGAUGGAGACUUCAAACUACAGCCAUUCAAUGUCAAGUCAGAAGAAGAUAUUCUUAACAAGUUUACUCUUCCAAUAAAAUCCAACAAAAGUUCUCCUGAAUUCUCAGAAUUGAUGCCUGACUUUGGUCAACCUCAUAACCUAAGUGAUAUUAUUCUGUGCAUCGGAGAGAGAUGUUUGCACGCCCAUAGAGCUGUUCUCAUGCAGUGGUCGCCAGUUUUCAAAGCAAUGUUCAGCUCUGAUUUUCAGGAGAAAGGUGCAAAGCAGAUCCCCCUCCCUGGCAAAGAAUAUGAUGAAGUACUAGAUCUGCUAUGCUACAUAUACCCACCCUGUAAACAGUCUAUAUCAGCUGACAAUGUGCGUCAUAUGGUGAAACUUGCUGAUGAGUACCAGAUAAAGUUUAUAAAGGCAGAAUGCGAACAAUUUCUCACAGAGUCAGCAAGCCACGACAAUGCAAUGGAAUAUUUAUACCUAGCAGAGACUUUCUCCCUAAAUGAUCUCCAAACAAGUGAAAGUUCAAUAAAACUAUGCCAAUGUAUAUAUCUACAUUUCAAGAUUUCUGCGUUUGAGGGAGUAAUGAUUGAACUAGACGGACAGAAGGUGACUGGGCAGUGA